GGAAGAAUCGGUGGGAAGAUUCAGCUCGUUGAGGCUCUGCUCCAGAGGCGUGAGGGGACUCCCUUCCUGCACAUGUGUCUGUUUGUCUGUGUUUCUGUCAGUCUUUCUGCUUGUCUCCCCUCCCUCCUCCCUAAUUGUCUCCCAUCCUGGCUGGCGCUGCAAUGUGGCUUUCUCUGCAGUGAAAGCGCUGGCUGGCAGAUUCCCCUUGAGUGAACCCUGACUGUGCGCAGUGAGUUGCUGCUUUGCCUCUGUCCUAUCCACACUGACUCAGCGGUGUGGGCAACCGGCCGGCCCAUUACCGAGCACUGGCUGCAGCAGCAGCCCCUUUCCACAGGAGUGCAUUUGGAGAUUUUGAGCGAUAUCUCUGCAAAUGUAGGUGCCUCGUCUGGGACGCUCAGACAUCAGACUCCUGAUUCUCGCCCUUGUACGUAAGAGACGCUGAGUUGUGCAGAGGGACUGUCCAAUGGCCACACGAGCCAGGGCUGGAUCCUGCAGGAACAUUUGUUUUGGGGCAAAGCUAGCUGCAAUGGAGGUCCGGUGGAUUGGAGGUGAACUCCUGAGGCUUGGCACGCCAUGUACAACCUUCAGCGUGAUCUUCACUUUACUGCUUGGUGCGUGGUCCGCUCACGGCUUGGAGAUGUCCGUGGGGAAGAUUCCCUUCCUGGAAGCAGUGAAUGGCAGCACCGUCUUGUUGCCGUGCACAUACUCCAGUUGUAUUGGCAUUAAAGACCUCUACUUCAAGUGGGAGUUCCUCAACAAUGGCAACAACGGCACCCCAACGAAGGUGUGUGACUCUACGAUACCCGCUGAGGGGGUGGACAUAACAGUAGAUAUAACUAAAGAGAGAGUGGAGUUUGUGGGGAAAAACCUCAAUAACAACGUCUCCAUCUUGAUAUGGAACAUCACCUUUGAGGACGGAGGGAAGUACUAUUGUUUUGGACGCAAUCCCAAAGAGAAGGACAAGAAUCACACCGCCGUCUUUGACUUAAUUGUAGUGGAUGAAUUGAGAGUGGUGGACAAAACGCUGACCAUCAUGAUAGCCUCAGCUGUGGGUGGAGCCAUUGCGUUCCUGAUGGGCUUCAUGCUGCUGAAAAACUUCACUCUCUUUGUUAUGGCCAAGAUUGAGGAGAAAAAUAAGGAGUGCCUUGUAUCUUCAUCAGGGAUCGACAACACAGAAAAUGGCCUCUCAGGAUCCAAAGCUGGUUCAAAACCAACACCAAAAAAGAAAUGAGACAGUGCAUGUGAAACAACAUGGGCAGUUAUAUUUAUAUCAUAUUUGCAUAGUUCUCCACAUGCAAAUACGUUUUUCAUAAAUCAGGAUUCUUUAUGUUCAAAUUAAUCAUUCUGGCUGUGACAUUCAGACGGGAAAAUAAACACAUGUACCAAAGGUGCAUAAAGUAACUGAGCAGAUGAAAUACAACUUGAAAAUGUGUAAGAUCAAAAAUGCUAACAUAAUUAUUCAAAAUUAGCACAUCAUUUGUACAUAAUUUUAUCAUUUGCAUUUCACAAGUAAUUUCACCAACCAUAGAUUUUCUACGUAACAUAUUUAAGAUGUUUAACCACGACUGAGCUGGAGAGAAGUUACAGUACACUCAGUUUUCAGAAAAAAUAAGAAUUUUUAUUAAAUAAAACAUAAAUAUGUAAUUAGAUGAGGCUUCCCAAAUAAAUGGUUUCUAGUGACUUCAUAAACAAACUUAACUGUAUUUUGAAAAAGAAGCACGUCUAGAAUUUGAUGCCAGGGAUUCGCAGGAGACAAAUAUUUACCAUAUUAGUCUUUUAAAUACAGACAUCAGACAUUAAAUUGUUCCUUUUUUCUUUGUGUAAUGCAGUUCCAGAUACCGUUCUACAUGCAAUGCCAGACUUCUUUACUUGCUGUUGCCUGACAGUUUCCCAUGAAGCAUUGCAAACGGCUUUAAGGUCACACACAGUCAAAUCUGAUUUUAGACCUUUCCAUUUACGAAGUUGGAUAUUUUUACACUCCUUAACUCAUUGCACAAUAUAAUCCAUUGUAGAUGGUGAAAUACCAAAAUUAUUUGCAAAUUCGGGAUGAGAAAUGUAUCAUUUUUGAAGUUAUCAGUGAUUAUCUGAUUGGGUUUAACACACAAAGCGGAGCCCUUGUGGGAUUUUGUGGGCACUGCUUUUAUAGCCAGUCCCGGUAUAGACCCUUGAAAACAUUAUACAGGUCUAACUUCACUUGCUUGGAGUCGCUGCUGCCAAAAGAGGUUCACUUGCUCACCUGUCAGUGGUUGACUCUGAUCUCUGUAUCUUCUUUUUUGUUCCUUUCUUUACUUACUCAGAGGUACCAGCAACAACAGGCCAGAAGCCUAUAAGACAGUUUUCCCAUCAUUGUAUGUAGCUUCUUUUUUUGUUUCUUUUUUUUUUUACAUAUAUAUAGGGGGAGGGGGGGUCUGAAAAUGAGAACCCAGGAAAACACACAACGGGCACACAAGACUUUGGAAUCUGUUAGAGAGAACAAACAAACAGAAACGGGAACAGGCAGAGACAUAAACCACAACCAUUCCAGAUCUCUAAAACUAAAUCAGGACUAGGUUCCUGCGAUUAUCUGUCCCCCAAAACUGUGUGGUGAGCAUGUAGGUGAGUGAGCAGGUGUGUAUGUCUGCGUAACUGUGUGUGUGCAAAGUGAAAACAAGGCUUUAUCUGAACUGCAACUAGAGUGGAGGAGGGAGGGCACAACCCCGCCACCCAAGAGACCAGAAGCCGACAAAGAAGAAACCCGAACCCAGGCCACCAGCCGCCCUCCCAUGGAGGGCCAAAAGAGGGCGGGAGGAAACCCCCCUGCCAGUAAGUCCCACCCCCUCAGAGGGAAGUCCCGGACGGGGCCCCUAUGACCACGGGAGGAGGCAGCCAGGAAACCCACGGUGACGGACAAGGACCCGGCCGAGCACCAGCCACUCAACGUAAGCCGACCCCAGGGCCAAGAGGUCCACAGCCUCCAGGCCCACAACCCCCGCCCGGCGAGAGACCAGCCUGCCCGGAGAGACGGGGCCACCUUGACCGUCGACGCCGACGGGAACCCCACAGCCAAAGGCGUCCCCAGCUGCAAGGGCAGCGGGGGCAAGCAGAGACAGGCACGGAGCACGAGAACCCACCCCACACCCCCACUCCCUGCCCCCAAGGGCCACUAGAAGCCCGUAUCCCAGCGCCCCGAGUCAACCCCCAGUCCCAAGGGCUACAGGAUUACCACCCACCCGACCCCACUAGUUGAUGAAGCCCAUAAACGGGGACCAGAGAGAAUGCAGUUCUGCCGAAUGAUGUUUAAUGGAAGCAGACAUUAUCUCGUUACUGAUAUGAUCUGACAAAAGAUUCCUAAAUUGAUUAAUACAUAGAUUAAACUGUUGUCUCCAGUUUAUAAGAAUGGUUUUCUUUGCGAUACAUAAAGUAAUGAGAACCAAGUGAGCCAAGUUAGGUUCCAGGAAUUCUGCAAUUGAGCCAUGUGGAUAAAUCUUCACAUACCUCCAUCCAAAAUUUCUGCACAGGUUCACAAAACCAUAAAACAUGCAUAUAAUUAUCAGGGGUGUUCUAUGUGAGCCGAUAUUAGAGGUUGCAAAACCCAUCUGGAACAUCCUUUGUCCUGUAUAAUGUGUCCUGUAAAGAACUUGUUUUAUUGUAUAAGUUACAAGUUUGGAUUGUUGGUCAUAGUGAAAAUAUUUAAACAUAUUUUUGAACAAAAAAUUUGAUUAGUGUUAAGAGAUAAAUCAGCCUCCCAUUUUGAAAUCGGAAGAGAGACUAAGUUAUUUAUUUUGGAAAUUAAUAAGCAUAGUUUUGAUAGUAAUUUUAGGGUGUUUAGAUUAAGUAAUUAUGUCACCUUAAUGGAAAGUUGAAGAUCCAGUUGGUUGAGUUUAUAUUUUUUAAUUAUUAUGGACUUGAAUUGUUGGUAUUUUAAAAAUGUGUUACUGCUAAUCCGAUAUUGAACAGUGAGUGUGUUAAAUGGUACAACAUUUCCGCUUAUGAUUAUGAUUAUUAAGAAGUAGUACUGGAAGUUGGGUAAGUCUAAACCUCCACAGUCUGGUUUUUUGUAGCGUUUUUAAGCUAAUGCGUGGUGGUCUGUUUUUCCAUAGAAAUUUUGAUACGUAUGAGUCCAGUGACUUAAACCAUGAGGAAAGGGGUUUGAAGGGUAUCAUUAAGAAAAGAUCAUUUAUUUUUGGUAAAACCAUCAUUUUGAUGGUGGCAAUUCUCCCCAUGAGUGAAAUGGGAAGAGAAUUCAAUCGGGUAAGAUCAUCUCUUUUAAGAGCUGAACAUAGUUUAGUUUUGUUAACUCUGACAGCCUAGGGAAGAUGUUUAUGCCUAAAUAUCUGAUGUUUCCUGAUUGUAAUUUAGUAGUGGCUGUAUUCUGGAAAUUGCAGUUAAUACACAAAACUGUGGAUUUGGAUCAGUUGAUAGAAAAGUCAGAUAGAGAUGAAAAUCCAUCUAUGAUCUCUGCAUCUUCAACAACAGCCUCACUAGUAAUUCUAUCAAUGUUUUUCCUUCCUUGUCUCUCGCAAUUUCUUCUGGCAUUUCUGGCAUCACUUUCUAGAUAUGUUUAAAAUAUCUGAACACAACUGAGUUAGUCAGUGAAGAGACUUGGAAUCAUGUCCUUUUAAACCUUUAAACCUUUAAAUGGUCAAACAAAGCAGCGAUUUACAGAUUUCUGUCACCGUAAAGGGGACACAACCCUGGUAAACAUAGCGUAGAAGGAGACAGCUAUUACAAAGAUAAUCUGUAGUUUAAUUUAAUAUAAAGUUUCCACACUUUUUCCACAUAAGCUAUUUAUAACCAAGUGCAUUAGUUGGUUUAACAAUGACAACAGAAGCAAAUGAUGUGCUCAUUUUAUUACGUCAUGGGAAUGUUUUAAUUUGUAUGUAAAUUUCUUAUUAUCGGUGUGUUAGUAAGUAAAUCAGAUAGUUGUGUGUCACUUAGCAAUAUUCUGCCACUUUGCAAUCCUUAUAUAUCAUUAUUCGCUUUUGCCGGAGCCACUUAAAAAAAAAAGGGGUUAGAAAAAAAGUAUUUGACUGUUUUUCAUAAUUACAUAAAGUAAAAAAAAAUAAAACUUGUCUAAGUGCUUGAAACAUAAAACAUGCACCACAACUAUGCACCCAUUUUCUCUAAAUGUGUAUUAAUCCUCUUCUAACAAACACCAAAUUCACUUAUACUAACAAUGUUUCUGAGUGCUAUCGAAGAUUCUGAUGUUAGCAAGCAAAGAUAACAUCAGCUAAUGUUAACUUCGUUUGAAAGACAUCUGCAGCAACUCUAAGAGAGAAAAAAGCAAACUCUGUAUGUGUUUAUUCCAACAACUAUAAGAGCAAAUAGAGGUUUUAUGUAGAUCAAACACCAAAAUCAUAUUGACACAAAAUUGUAGGAUUCAGCUCGUUUCUUCAUCUUAUUGCGUUGCUUGGUGCCUGUUUGUGUGCCCUAAUGCUCAUUUAACACCGCUACAGCAAAGACACGGUGAGCUUUUAAACUUGAACGAUAGACAAUCCCAUUGAACUAGCCCCCACCCCCUGGAAGGAUGAAUUACCAGAAGAAAAUGCUGCUUUUAAGGCAAAUAAUUAAUGCUAUGCUUGUUAAAUCAUUUUAUGAUAAUCCUUCCUAAUGCUUGAAUGCAGAUGCACUUUUGGAUGCACAACCUCUAAUGUUUUCACACAGGUCGUACCAUAUCUGAAGUGAACUGUAUUUUAUGCCAUGAUAAUGUCAUUGCGCUAAGGCUGAGCAUUAUCCCGUGAUCUCCGAUACUGUAUUCCCGGAGCACACUCUAUAAAUAUCAUUUGCUUGGCACGAGCCUCUGUCUGGAAAUGCCCCUUUCUUCUCCGAAAACAUUCAUCAUAUCAGUGUUUCGCUGUUUGUGAUACAUAAUUCUUAUCUAUUGCUCUGCACUGAAACAGAUUAACCACCUUGCCCUGCAGAGUCAUGCAGAAAGCCACCCAAUUAUUUAGAUUUUAUUGGUGACAUGACCGCUGGAUCACGUCUCAGACUGCAGAUAUAGUGAGGGGCUGCAGUUUGAAAACAUGCCCUGCUCCAUGGAGAGAGGACGGAGGUGAUGCUUUCAUUGGAGCCCUGUGACUGUGCCAAACAAAAGUUAUUUCUGAGCAUCACCACAGAAGAUGAAUGUAUCCACAUCAAACUGAGUGAAACUGUAAAUGAUUAGCUGUAUUUACAGCAUAUAUGUGUUGCACAUCUAAGACUUUGAAUGUCUGGCUUGAAAAAGAAAUACCUCUAAAAAGCGACUGAUGUGGGUAACCACUGAGUCAUUUCUGAUAUAAAGGUACCUCUCCUGUCUCAGUAGUUGGUAAGUGGAUGUUUUGUGGAGUGGAGUACUGUAUACUCACUGUUAUCUUAAAAAUGUUGUGCCUCUGAUCUUUCAUCAUUGGUUUUAAGCAAUAUGAUAUUACAGCGUUUCGGGGACUGUAUUGAUGGGACUAUACCGGGAAAUGUAUUGUUGUUUUUUUCAUGUUUGUAAUCCAUAUCUGUUUUGAACCUGUUUGUUAUUUGUCCAAGUGUGAUGUAAAGAAGGAAAGCAGCACACACGAGGAAAUGGGGAGAUCCCAGGAAAUGUUGUCAUUGGAUACUUAAAGUGAUGUAUUUCCAUGAUAGAUUCGAGGUAAUACUCAUUCCUGUACACUUUCCGGGACCUCUAUGAAUAAUUAAAUUAAUUACUUAUAUUGCGUAUGUUAUGACUGACCCAAAGAAUUAAAAAUUGGAAACUUCUCUGUUCAAAUCUUGAAUUUUCAGCAAACAACAAAUAAGAUGUUCAUUAAUGAAAGACCCUAAGAGGUUGAUGCUACUUCAACCUCUCCUGUCAGCACAUUCAUAGACACGUGUAAGGCUUUGUAUCCACCUACACGUACAAACGAACGUCCUACUGUGCGGAAGUCUUUGACAAAGAUGCUGCAGAAAUAUAAAGUGUAUUGCUUAUGCAAGAAAUAGCUUGUGCAAUAUUAUUUUUUCAUAUGUGUCUUUAAUAUACAGAGAAAUCUUGGGUAAAUUGUAUCGUCAUGAAAUCAAAUCUUAACUUUGUUUGUUUGGACUGUUGUCAAUUUUGCACCAUGUUUUGCCGGACAAAUGUAUUUAAUUGCAAUAAUCAAAUGAUGUGUAUGUUUCCCAAGUGAAUAAUAGUUAUUCUGUAAGCUGGUUUUAUUUAAAGUGAUUUUUUUGUUUGAAUUACCAUCUAUGUAGUUCAGUUACACGAAAAACAAAGCCUUAGGUGAAACUGUCGAAGUGAGUGUACGAGUAUGAAACUAAUGAUGAAUGUAUUCUAUGCAAAACAAAACAAAACUGAAUCCUCUUGCAGUUUGUCACGCUGCAGCAUGACGUUACUGUAACAUCUUUGUAAGCAAUACAACAGCAGGAGGAAGUGGAUAUGGGAGCUGGGAUGAUGGGAUGUAGGGUGAAUGGAUCUAGAGUGGAGCAUUGACAUGACUGGAGCCCCUGUACUUGAUCAGGCCCCGUUAAGCCUGCAGACUCAAUAUAUAAUACUCCCCUCUAACCCAUAACCCCCCCCCCCCCAUUGCUCUGCAUCAAAUAUACAGCUACAAUGCUUGGCUGCAGAUAAUGUUCUUUUUUUAACCUCUCACUCAUGCAUAGCAACCUUUGAUCUCUUUAUUAUCAGC